AUGGCUAGCCAGGAACAAAGAACCUCUAAUACUGAGGAACAGAGAACUUACAUUAGCCAGGAACAAAGAACCUCUAAUACUGAGGAACAGAGAACUUCCAUUAGCCAGGAAGAAAGAGCUUCUAAUAGUCAGGAUAAAAGAACUUCCAAUACUGAGAAACAGGGAACUUCUGUUAGCCAGGAACAAAGAGCUUCUAAUAGCCAGGAUAAAAGAACUUCCAUUAGCCAGGAACAAAGAGCUUCUAGUAUUCAGGAUAAAAUAACUUCCACUACCCAGGAACAAAAAGCUUCUAAUAGUCAGAAUAAAAGAACUUCUACUAGCCAGGAACAAAGAGUUUCUAAUAGUCAGGACCAGAGAACUUCUACUAGCCAGGAACAAAGAGCUUCUAAUAGUCAGGAUAAAAGAACUUCCAUUAGCCUGGAACAAAGAGCUUCUAAUUAUCAGGAUAAGAAAGCUUCCAAUGGACACACAAGCCAAUGUCCUGCUGUGGUUCCUGAAGUGGAGCUGGUGUCGUCAGGACAGGAUGGAAGGAAUUGGCGAGGGAUCGUAAUAGCUCUUCUAGUGAUUGUCAUCGUCUGUGCACUCAUUGUGACAGCCGUGUUUUUGCUCAGUCCAGGUAACAUUAGUAACAGAAUAAAAAAUCCUAGACUGAACUUUCUGGAAAUAUUGGAUGGCAGGUUAAAAUCUAGAAGAUUUAACGGCACGUGGAUAUCCGGAAAAGAAUUUAUUUACCGAGAUUCUGAUGGAACUCUUCUUUUAUAUAAUGUUGAAACUGUAAAUAAAACACUGCUCAUGGCCAAUACAACUUUCAGGCUCUAUGAUGUCCAUGCCUACAGCUUAUCGGCUGACAGAAAAUAUGUUUUGCUUGCGUAUGCUAUUAGAAGGAGAUUUAGAUAUUCGUAUACAGCGAAAUACAAGUAUUUUGACAUCAGAAACUACCAUACUUCGCCACUACUACCCACCGAAGAAGAAGCACAAAUACAAUACAUCUCGUGGGGGCCUACUGGUAGUCAGUUGGUUUACGUACGAAACAACGACAUUUAUUAUAUGGCUUACGUUGGAGAUAUUCCUCCUAAACGUCUGACCAGAACCGGAGUCGACGGGGUGAUAUUCAAUGGUAUACCAGACUGGGUGUAUGAAGAAGAAAUUCUAGGGAAAACGAACCCCAUCUGGUGGUCAGAAGACGGUACAAGACUGUGUUUCGCCUCUUUUGACGAUAGUGGAGUGCCAGAAGUCCAAUAUCCCUGGUAUGGAGAUUAUAUGGAUGAAAAUAACAUUUAUCCGAGUCUAAUGAAUGUCAGAUAUCCAAAG